AGUAACUUCCUGUUUUGUGGGAAGCGCCGGAUGGAUGGAGAGAUGAGAGAAUAAACAGGAAGAUGAGGAUGAAGAGGAAGAUGAGGAGUCUCGAGUCUCUGCAGGAGUUCGUCCGGCUGCGUUUAAGUGCGGCUGUGGAAGACAUCUUGGUCCAUGUGGAGAAAACCAUGAGGGAGUUUGAAGAGGAGACGGAGGCUAAGCUAAUGCUAACAGCUGGAGGGAAGCGCAGCUCAGCAGAGCUUCCUGCUGCCAACGAGUUGAUUUACAAGGAGGAGAACCCGGAGAACAACCAGGGGGAGAACCAGGAGGAGAACCAGGGGGAGAACCAGGAGGAGAACCAGGGGGAGAACCAGGGUUCGUGUGGACCCCCCAUCAAAGAGGAGCAGCUUGAAGGUCUCCAUGAGGAUGAGAUCACCAAGUUCACCUUCAGUCCUGUGAAGACUGAGAAUGAGGAGGAGGAAGCUCAGUCCUCACAGCUUCAUCCCAGAGACUCAGAGAGGGGACAGGACUGUGGAGGACCAGGACCAGGACCAGGACCAGGUCCAGGACCAGGACCAGGUCCAGGUCCAGGUACAGGACCAGGACCAGGACCAGGUCCAGGUCCAGCCAGGACUCCGGUGUCUGUGGAAGUGAAGCCUGAGCUGGGCUUACGGCUGCUGGGAUGCUCUGAGUGCGGGAAGAGGUUCAGCUCCAUGUGUUAUCUGAAGAUUCACAUGAGGUGUCACACAGGAGAGAGACCGUACCGAUGUCCUGUCUGUAGGAAGAGCUUCUCAUGGAGCAGCCGGUUACAGAAACACAUGAGGAUCCACACAGGAGAGAAGCCGUUCAGCUGCUCCACCUGCGGGAAAACCUUCAAUGAAAGCGGAAAUCUGAAGGUUCACAUGAGGAUCCACACGGGGGAGAAACCGUUCAGCUGCUCCAUGUGCGGGAAGAAGUACGCUCAGAGGGGGAACCUGAAGCAGCACAUGUCGGUGCAUAGAGGAGAGGCUGCCUUCACCUGCAGAGUCUGUCACCAGAGGUUCUCCUGGCUUCACCAGCUGACUGGACACCAGUGUCUCCGUCACAGCAGAGACUCUGAGGGAGGACCAGCAGCACCGGGGUCUGAGGACCAGGCCUCCUUCUGUGGACACGACCCUAAAGCCGGCGGGUGUUUGCUCUGCAUGAAGUCGUUCGGCUGCUCCGAGUGCGGGAAAAGGUUCGGCUCCAAGUGGCAGCUGAAGGACCACGUCAGGAUUCACACCGGAGAGAAACCGUUCAGCUGCUCCACCUGCAGCAAGAGCUUCUCAUGGAACCGAUGUCUGCAGAAACACAUGAAGAUCCACACGGGAGAGAGACCGUACAGCUGCUCCGUGUGCGGGAAGAGUUUCACCGAGAGCGGAAACCUCAAGGUCCACAUGAGGAUCCACACGGGGGAGAAACCGUUCAGCUGCUCCGUGUGCGGGAAGAGAUACAGGCAGAAAGGAAGUCUGACCAAACACCUGGACGUCCACAGAGAGGACACCUGAUGGUGCUGAUGUCACAGAGACACAGUUUGGACAGGAAGCUGAGGACGGAGACAACACUUAGCUUCUAAUUAAAAUAACAUUUAAAACAUGAAGGAAUGAGCUGAAUAUAAAUCAGAUGGAAGUUCAGUUAGUUUCUGAAUGAAUCGUGUUGUUUGACUGUUUUAGUCUGAAUCUGAUCGGUUGCAUUGAUUUAAAAGCUGAGACAGCGUUUCAUGUUUUUAGACUGAACCGUUUGUUCUUGGUCUUUUCUGGUUCUGGUUCUGACUGAACUGGGAAACAUGUCCAGCAUCAGAGUGAUGACAACAACACGUGGACCUGGAGAUAAAUGUGUUUCCACUUUCUUUCAUUCAUGAUUCAUGUCACAGCAAAUCUUUCCCUUUUGCUUCUGAUCAGUGACUGAAUAAACCAGACGUUUCAGUGUCGACAGAAA